UCUCCCUAAACUCUCCAUCAUAUUCUCUUACACAAACCUCAAACCAAACCCCAGUUCUCUUCUUGUCUUUUGCCUUUGCCUUUCCUCGUCUAGAUACUCCCCAUAGUGCUCCAUUUGGACACAUAAUUUGACACAACCCAUUUCAGCAAAGAGAGGCAUAGCAGAUGUCUAAGCAUAUGCAAAAGACCAGCAUGUUCAUAGAGCAAAGCCCCGGCGAUUACGAGAAUGGUGGUAUCCAGAAGAACUUGGAUGAUGAUGGUCGACCCAAAAGAACUGGGACUUGGCUUACUGCGAGUGCUCAUAUUAUCACUGCUGUGAUCGGCUCCGGCGUGUUAUCUCUUGCAUGGGCUAUCGCACAGCUGGGAUGGGUGGCCGGACCGGCAGUUCUCAUGGCCUUCUCCUUCAUCACCUACUUCACCUCCACUCUUCUUGCUGACUGCUAUAGGGCUCCUGAUCCUGUUCAUGGAAAGAGAAACUAUACGUACAUGGAUGUUGUUAGAGCUUACUUAGGAGGAAGAAAAGUUCAGCUCUGUGGGUUGGCUCAAUACGCAAAUCUUGUUGGAAUAACCAUAGGAUACACUAUCACAGCAUCAAUCAGUAUGGUGGCUGUGAAACGGUCAAAUUGCUUCCACAAGCAUGGACAUCAAGUGAAGUGUCAAACAUCGAACUACCCAUUCAUGGUAAUCUUCGCUUGCAUUCAGCUCCUUCUGAGUCAAAUCCCCAACUUCGACAAGCUUUCAUGGCUCUCCAUCGUUGCCGCCGUCAUGUCUUUCGCUUACUCGUCCAUCGGCCUCGGUCUCUCCAUUGCCAAAGUUGCAGGUGGGGGACAUGCAAGGACAGCCUUAACUGGUGUAACAGUUGGGGUUGACGUGUCGGGAUCAGAAAAAAUUUGGAGGACCUUCCAAGCUAUCGGUGACAUUGCCUUUGCAUAUGCUUACUCCACUGUCCUCAUUGAAAUUCAGGACACGAUCAAAUCGAGCCCACCGGAGAACAAAUCUAUGAAAAGAGCAACCAGCGUCGGUGUUUCGACGACCACUUUGUUUUAUGUACUUUGCGGCAUUUUUGGAUACGCCGCAUUCGGCAACGAUGCGCCUGGGAAUUUUCUUACAGGCUUUGGUUUCUAUGAACCCUUUUGGUUGGUCGACUUCGCCAACAUCUGCAUUGCUAUCCAUCUCAUCGGCGCAUACCAGGUUUUUGCACAACCGUUGUUCGGAUUCGUCGAGGGUUGGUGUUCAAGGAAUUGGUCCGACAACAAGUUCAUCACCGGUGAACAUGCUGUUGACAUUCCGUUGUACGGUAUUUACUACGUCAAUUUCUUCAGGUUGGUGUGGAGGACGGCAUACGUUAUUGUAACGGCUGUGAUAGCCAUGAUAUUUCCUUUCUUCAACGAUUUCUUGGGUCUCAUCGGAGCCGGCUCGUUUUGGCCGCUAACGGUCUACUUUCCGAUAGAGAUGCACAUAGCGCAAACCAAAAUUCCUAAAUACUCAUUCAGAUGGAUAUGGCUAAAAAUACUCAGCUGGGUUUGCCUGGUUGUUUCACUCAUUGCCGCUGCGGGAUCCAUUCAAGGAUUGAUUCAAAGCCUCAAGACAUAUAAACCCUUUCAGACUCAGGAAUGAUCCUUUGCCAACACUUUUAAUUCUCAGAAAACGUUGUUCAAUAAGUCCUAGAAACUGUAAUUUGUUCCCUUUUCUUCUGUA